AUGUACCCCGUUGGCCAACCUCCAGCGGGGGAGGCAAGUGCUGGAGCAGUGGGAGUAACGGGUGCCUCAAGCGCCACACCUGGAGCGACAGGGACGACCCCCGGUGCUCCAAGUGUAGCUGCUACGCCUGGAGCAACACCUGCAGGCGUCGCUACGGCUACUGGAGUUCUGUCCCUCGUGUCACCUGUCGCGCCACCUCCCGACAUGCCCGAUGUACUUACGUGUCCUCGACGGCCCAACUUAGGUCACGAAGGCAGACCUAUUAUGCUUCGUGCCAAUCAUUUUCAAAUAUCUAUGCCUAGAGGAUAUGUUCAUCAUUAUGAUGUUAAUAUACAACCAGAUAAAUGCCCCAGAAAGGUUAAUAGAGAAAUUGUUGAUACUAUGGUAAAGAGUUAUAAUAAGAUAUUUGGUGCCUUGAAACCAGUUUUUGACGGCAGAAACAAUUUAUAUACAAGAGACCCCUUGCCAAUUGGCAAUGAUAGAGUGGAGUUGGAAGUUAUUUUACCUGGUGAAGGUAAAGACAGAGUAUUCAGAGUCACUAUCAAAUGGGUGGCACAGGUGUCAUUAUUUGCUUUAGAAGAAGCUCUAGAGGGCCGCACGCGGCAGAUACCAUAUGAUGCCAUAUUAGCAUUGGAUGUAGUUAUGAGACAUCUUCCAUCAAUGAUGUACACACCAGUGGGUAGAUCUUUCUUCUCAUCCCCAGAAGGAUACUAUCAUCCACUUGGAGGUGGGCGUGAAGUCUGGUUCGGUUUUCACCAGUCCGUCAGACCUAGCCAAUGGAAGAUGAUGCUAAACAUUGACGUUUCCGCAACCGCCUUCUACAAAGCUCAACCAGUCAUAGAAUUUAUGUGUGAAGUACUAGACAUCAGAGAUAUAAACGACCAAAGAAAACCAUUGACUGAUUCUCAAAGAGUAAAGUUUACAAAAGAAAUUAAGGGACUCAAAAUCGAAAUUACCCAUUGCGGUGCAAUGAAGAGAAAGUACAGAGUCUGUAAUGUUACACGAAGACCUGCUCAGAUGCAGUCGUUCCCGUUACAGCUAGAAAAUGGACAAACAGUAGAAUGCACUGUAGCUAAAUACUUCUUAGAUAAAUACAAAAUGAAGCUAAGAUAUCCACACUUGCCUUGCCUACAAGUUGGGCAGGAACACAAGCACACAUACCUUCCUCUUGAAGUAUGUAACAUAGUACCUGGACAACGCUGUAUUAAGAAAUUGACUGAUAUGCAGACUUCAACUAUGAUUAAGGCGACUGCUCGUUCUGCACCUGACAGGGAGCGCGAGAUCAACAAUCUGGUCCGUCGGGCGAAUUUCAACACAGACUUAUAUGUCAAGGAGUUUGGGCUGACGAUUUCCAACAACAUGAUGGAAGUGCGGGGAAGAGUGCUCCCUCCACCGAAGCUACAGUAUGGUGGCCGCGUUUCCUCUCUUGGCGGACAGCAAGCUCUACCCAACCAAGGGGUGUGGGACAUGCGUGGGAAACAAUUCUUUAUGGGAGUUGAAAUCCGUGUCUGGGCUAUUGCCUGUUUUGCGCCGCAAAGGACUGUUCGCGAAGACGCACUCAAAAAUUUCACUCAGCAGCUACAGAGGAUAUCGAAUGAUGCCGGCAUGCCCAUAAUAGGCCAGCCGUGCUUCUGCAAGUAUGCGACUGGCCCUGAUCAAGUCGAACCCAUGUUCAAAUACCUCAAGUCCACCUUUGUUCAGUUGCAGCUAGUUGUUGUUGUGCUGCCAGGGAAGACGCCUGUAUACGCGGAAGUGAAACGAGUAGGCGACACAGUACUCGGUAUGGCAACACAGUGUGUCCAAGCAAAGAAUGUGAACAAGACAUCUCCGCAGACACUUAGCAAUCUCUGUCUAAAAAUCAAUGUCAAACUGGGCGGUAUCAACUCCAUUCUCGUGCCGUCUAUACGUCCAAAGGUAUUCAACGAGCCAGUUAUAUUCCUCGGUGUGGAUGUAACACAUCCACCAGCCGGCGACAAUAAGAAGCCGUCCAUUGCGGCUGUUGUUGGGUCUAUGGAUGCACAUCCUUCAAGAUACGCAGCAACAGUCCGAGUACAACAACACAGUGAGAAUGACAGGCAGGAGAUAGUGCACGAGCUGAGCAGCAUGGUGCAGGAGUUGCUGAUGAUGUUCUACAAGAGCACGGGCGGGUUCAAGCCGCACCGCAUCAUCAUGUACCGGGACGGAAUCUCCGAGGGGCAGUUUAUACAUGUGCUGCAGCACGAGCUCACAGCCGUAAGGGAGGCUUGCAUCAAGUUGGAGGCGGAAUACAAACCCGGCAUCACAUUCAUAGUGGUGCAGAAGCGGCACCACACCCGACUCUUCUGCGCAGACAAACGCGAGCAAUCCGGAAAGUCCGGCAACAUACCGGCCGGGACAACUGUCGACCUCGGCAUUACUCACCCCACAGAGUUCGACUUCUACCUCUGCAGCCAUCAGGGCAUACAGGGUACGUCCCGUCCGUCCCACUACCACGUGCUCUGGGACGACAACCACUUCGGUUCCGAUGAACUCCAGUGCCUCACGUACCAGCUCUGCCACACUUACGUGCGUUGCACUCGGUCCGUGUCCAUCCCGGCACCAGCGUACUAUGCGCAUCUCGUCGCCUUCCGCGCCCGCUACCACUUGGUGGAGAAGGAACACGAUUCUGGGGAGGGAAGCCACCAGUCCGCCUGCAGCGAAGACCGGACACCUGGAGCGAUGGCCCGCGCCAUCACCGUACACGCGGUCACCAAGAAGGUCAUGUACUUCGCUUAA